UUCAUACAUUUCCACAAUGCACGUCCACCUCACAAAACCCUAAGGUUACAAACCAUUCUCCACCUACACAUAAAAUCUCACUUCUCCUUCUUUUUUUUUUUUUGCUUACGUACAUAACAACUAAACCACACAAUGACACAAUCUAUUUCUUGAAGACCAUUCGAUAAACGUAGAAACAUUACAUGCCAUACAACAUUAUUUUCAUGACGUGUACUCUUAAACCCCCACUCAAGUUCUAACUUCUUCUUGCACAAACAAGCUUAUUAUUAAUUAGCAUCUCCAUAACCACAUUAAGCAACAACAACAAUCACCCUUUUUUUCUCAAUGGAUCAAGAAAAUAGAUUGACUCAUAACAUCUCAACAUGGAAGAGAAGAAACCCUACUUGCCAUAUUCCAACUUCAUUAUUAUCUCUUCAACAAAGUGAUUACAAGCUCGAGUGUAACUCUCCAAAUAAAAAAAACUAUGAUGAGAUUGAUGAUGAUGAUGAAAAGGCCAAAGAGGAAGAGAAUAAAGAGAAUGGUACUGCUAGGGUAGAAGAAAUUACGGGGCGUGAGAGGUUGAAGAGGCAUAGGGAAGAGAUGAAGGGAAAGGUUAAGGUACCUGAAAACUGGGAGAAGGAACAGAAGUUGAAGGAAUGGGUUGAUUAUACUACGUUUGAUGCAUUGAUAUUUGCUCCUCAUGCAUUGAUUGUUACUGCUCGUGAUGCCCUUAUUGCUGAUGUACGUAAAUCAAGGUCACAAAGAUUAAGGAUCCAUACCUAGUUUCUUAAUUUAUUUUGAUUAUUUUUUCUUUUUCCUUUUAGUUUUAUCAUGAAUCCCUAUACAUACUUACCAAUAAUUAAUGGAUCUAUCAUGUAUUCAACCUAGCUACUAUUUUUCUCAUUUUGUUAUUUGGUAUAACAAAGGAAAAUAAGAACUAGCAUAUAUUUGUUUACGAGAGUUUAUGGAUCGAUCUUUCCUA